GGUAGAUUGUUUUUGAAGUCAGGGCGUUUUCCAUCCGUGCAGACACCGCUCGGCUCGGUCUCCCUUUCCUUGUCCAUCGCUGAAAUAAAGCCCGUCAUGGACUCUAGGGGGUUCGCCGCGGUGGCCGCCUUUUUGGCCGUGCUGUCCAUCUGCCUGCACCAAGGAGAUGCCAUCAAAUGCUGGGUGUGCAGGUCGGAUGCAGAUCCCAAGUGCGCCGAUCCUUUUGACAACUCUACCCUGCCGAUUACUGACUGCUCCAAAGAACCAUUCCUGAACCACCUCCCCAAUAUUCGCCCUAACUUGUGCAGGAAAAUCCGACAGAAAGUGAAUGGAAAGUGGCGGUACAUCAGGAGCUGCGCGUACCUGGGCGAGCCUGGCAUUGGCGGCGACGAGCGCUAUUGUCUGAUGCGCUCAGGAACGUACAACAUCUUCAUGGAAUACUGCACGUGCAACAGCAAGGAUGGUUGCAACGCCGCUCCUGCUACCACCUCCCUGUCGUGGCUAGCGGCUGUGUCAGCGGCUGCUGUCGCCGCCUUCCAGUUCGCAUGAACCGCUCGUGUCGUUGAAACUCUGAAUCUCGCGCCUUGGUGCUGCCGUGCUUGAUCGAGUAUAUUUUGUAAAGAAAACGUGUCUUUCUGGUAUUCGCCUGUUGUGUAGAUUUUGCGCUGCAGACAUGAGGUAUGUUGAACAGGACAGAGUUUAUUAUCUUCAAGAUAAGAGUUAGGGAAGGAAUUUUAGUCAUUUUAGCAGUGUUUGACAAGGCAACUGACUUGGUUGAAAAUUAACUCAUGGCUCGUAAAUGCCACAGUUAGGAUUUAAGUUUAUAUAGGACUUUUGCACCGCAAUGAGGUUGCCAUUCCGGAUUCAAAAUCAGCUGGGUCGAUUUUGAUAAAUUUGAUUGCAGAACCAUAUUUGUCAAGUAAUAUAGUGAAAUCUCUACUGGUAUUGGGCUCCGGUGACCGUCAAUAUGUUUCCCAGAUUCAAAUAUUUUAAUUUAGUCGACAAAAAUAUAGAACAAGGAAUUCAAUUCCGUCCAACUUAUUCUGGCUCCUGACCCCAAUGAUUUAUGCAAAAGGCGAAUCAAUGGAAAUACUAAUUGUGCUGACUUUUCCGUCCAAUCAUUCCGUACAAGUGAGUGGAACCAAUCCGUCCAUAUAGGCACCGCAAGUUAAUCGCUUUCAUGAAACUUGUACCCCAAUCGUGAAGCAGGUUAAAUCGAUAUUAUCAACUGAAAGUAUUGUAAAUUGCUUAAUCUCUAUUUUUUGAAUGUGGAAUCAAAGUUUUCUGUAUUUUUGUGUUCGAUUUUAUUUGGAUAUAAGAAGGGCUCUUAUCUAAUUAAUUUGUAAUGAAAUCCCUCAGCAGCUCAUUCCAUAGAUAUAGAUCAAAUUAUUGAAAUCAUGUAUUUUUUAUUACGUAUUAUACAAUGAGACAUUUACUAUAGCUGAUAAUAUUUCAUACAAAUCAUACAAAAAUUAAAAUUUGAUUGUUCUGCAUAUCAAAUAAACCAGAACUGAGUCGAAAA